UUUUCCAUAGUUGGUUGCUAUAAAGUGAGAGUGCGACAUAGCAAACUACUGCACAACAAUGGCCAUAGCAUUGACAUUUCUUCUUCUUCUUCUUUCUCUCGAUUUCUCUUCUUCUCUGUCAAUACCACUCGGAUCUACUCUUCACGCUUCUUCAGAUCGCAACCACUCAUGGUAUUCUCUUAACUCCGCCUUCUCUGUUUCCUUCAUCCCCACCGCAACCCCCGGCUCCUUCCUCUCCGCCGUCUUGUUUUCAAACACUGUUCCUAUCUGGUCACCCGGAACCGUAGACUCCGGCGGAUCUCUCCGUCUCCUCCGUUCUGGCUCCCUCCGCCUCGUUAACUCCUCCGGCGCUACUGUUUGGGAGUCCGGCAGCGAAAACGAAGGAGUCACUUCCGCCUCUCUCGAAGAUUCUGGAAACCUCUUCCUUCGGAGUCGUAAAAACACGACGGUUUGGUCUUCCUUUGCUCAUCCGAGUAACGUCAUCGUCCCGACGCAGCCUUUCACCGUCGGUAAGUCUCUCCGGUCUGGUUCUUACUCGUUUCAUCUUACGGAAGAAGGGAGUCUGAACCUUAAGUGGAACGAUAGCAUAGUUUACUGGAGCCAAGAGCUUAUUAAUAAUAAUUCAAGUUCAAAUCUCUCGUCGCCAAGUUUUGUACUGGAACGUAACGGAGUGGCGUCUAUUUUCGACUCUAGCGGCGUCGUCGUGGUUUCUGUUCGAAGCAAUGACUACGGAGAAGGAGAGGAGGGUGUGUUUAGGUUUUUGAAGCUGGAGGAAGAUGGAAAUUUGAGAAUCUUUAGUGUCUCUAAAGGUGGUGAGAUUCAGACACAGACUUGGGUUGCUGUCGCUGACCAGUGUCAAGUGUUUGGUUUCUGUGGGAACUUUGGGAUUUGUAGGUACGAUGGUUUUGUUCCGACAUGCGAGUGUCCCUCGGAGAAUUUUGUUCCUAGUGAUGUGAACGACAUGAGAAAAGGGUGUAAGAGAAAAGUGGAGCUUGAGGAUUGUCGUGGUAACCAAGGCAUGCUUGAUUUGAACAACACUAGGUUCUUGACAUACCCACCUGAAUUGUCUACUCAACGUUUCACUCUGGGGACAGAGGCGUGCCGUGCUAAUUGUCUUGCUGAUAGUUUAUGUUUUGCUUCUGUUUUAAUGGCUGAUGGAUCUGGUGUUUGUUUUCAAAAGCUAUCCGGUUUGGUUUCUGGUUAUAAAAGCCCUUCGGUUCCGAGUACCUCUUCUUUAAAGGUUUGUAAACCAGUUUCACCGUACUCAACGGUGGAGAAAAGUGAUGAACGGUUGCUAAUCCGAGCGUUGAUCAUAGCUCUGGUUGUUAUAGCCACGGUUCUCUGUCUGGUUGCGUUAUUGGGAGCUUUGUGGUGCUGCUGCUGCAGAAAUAGUCUUCAGUUUGGAGCUUUGUCAUCUCACCACACUUUACUUGAGUACGCGUCUAGUGCACCCAUGAGGUUCUCUUACAAGGAGCUGCAACGUUGCACCAAAGGUUUCAAGGAGAAGCUUGGUUCUGGAGGUUUUGGCGCUGUAUACAAAGGCGUGCUCGUUAACAGGACCGCGGUUGCGGUGAAACGAUUAGAGGGGAUAGAGCAAGGAGAGAAGCAGUUUAGGACAGAGGUGGCCACCAUAGGUAGCACACAUCACUUGAAUCUUGUCAGAUUGAUAGGUUUCUGCUCACAAGGACGCCACAGGCUUCUUGUCUAUGAGUUCAUGAAGAAUGGGUCGCUCGACAACUUCCUUUUCGCGGCAGAGUCUGGGAGAUUGUUGAAUUGGCAGUAUCGGUUUUCUAUCGCCCUUGGAACCGCUAAGGCGAUUCUUUACCUCCAUGAGGAGUGUUCUAAUUGCAUUGUACACUGCGAUGUUAAACCUGAGAACAUUCUCUUGGACGAAAACUUUAAUGCCAAAGUGUCGGAUUUUGGACUAGCUAAACUCAUACCAAGCGACAAGAGAUACUGGAACAUGAGCUGUGUCCGAGGAACCAGGGGAUAUCUAGCCCCAGAAUGGGUUGCAAAUCUUCCAAUAACUUCAAACUCUGAUGUCUACAGCUAUGGAAUGGUUCUGUUAGAGGUUGUGAGCGGAAGACGGAAUUUUGAAAUCUCAGACGAAACAAACCACAGGAAAUUCUCUGACUGGGCAUACGAAGAAUUCGACAAGGGUAAUAGUAAAGUAAUCUUAGACAAAUGUCUUCAGAGAGAUGAAACAGUCGAUAUGGAACAAGUGACGAGGAUGGUUCAGGCCAGUUUCUGGUGCAUACAAAAGCAUCCGUCUCAGAGGCCGUCUAUGGGGAAAGUAGUGCAGAUGUUAGAGGGAAUAAUAGAGAUGGCCAAGCCAUUGGCUCCAAAUGCUUUAGCCGACAUACGAGAUACAGAAAAUAGUUAGAAACACGCGUUGUUUUCUUGAGCAGUGUUUCAGCGUUGGUUGUAUUAUCUCAGCUUCCCUUCUUCGUCUUUGUCCUCACAAACUGCUGUAAGUAAUGGGAGCUUUUUGUUUUUGUUUAUGAUUACGUCAUUUAGAUAGAACUUCAAUAUUUAUUUGCAUCCUUUUGUUUCUGGUUGGUUCUGAUGUGUGUGUAUAUAUCACCUAAUGAGAACGUCUGCAUUCAAUUCGUUACAUGAUCGCUGAAUAGUGAUCAAACGCUUAAACCAA